AUGAAGACGAGAAGUUACAAGCUGAAAAGAGACGAAGAGGCAAAGCAUGACGAGGCUCCCUCAACUAACGUCAAGCUGGCGACUGUAGCAACAAAGAAGGCAAAGAAGCCGGAUGAGGAGGAGGAGCUGCCGCAACAGCCAGCGCAGCCGCAGCAGCCUGAGACUGUGCCAGCCGCACCAGCAGCACCAGCGACUGCAGCACCAGCAGCACCAGCUGAGGAGGAGGAAGAGGAGGAGUAUGUGGUGGAGAAGGUUUUGGACCGUCGAGUGGUGAAAGGCAAAGUCGAGUUUCUGCUGAAAUGGAAAGGCUUCUCAGAUGAGGACAACACAUGGGAGCCAGAGGAGAACCUGGACUGUCCCGACCUGAUUGCAGAGUACAUGUCGAAACACAGAGAGAGGGAGGAAAAAAAGAAGGAAAGCAAGAGGAAAGCAUCCACUGAGGCAUCUGGUGACUCUGAGGAGCGAGGGAGCAAGAGAAAGAAGGAAGAGGGUGAGAAAGCCAGAGGUUUUGGCCGAGGUCUGCAGCCGGAGAGAAUUAUUGGGGCGACAGACUCCAGUGGAGAGCUGAUGUUCCUCAUGAAGUGGAAAAACUCAGACGAGGCCGAUCUCGUCCCGGCUAAGGAGGCCAACGUCAAAUGUCCCCAAGUUGUCAUCUCCUUCUAUGAAGAGCGGCUCACCUGGCACUCAUAUCCCACAGAAGAGGAGGAGAAGAAAGAGGAGGAGAAGAAGGAGUAGAUAAGUGGAGUCAUUACAAAAGGUGUAGGAAGAAGUAAGGAGGUACUGGGCAGGAAAUCAACUGCAAACUGGUGAACUGUUGUCAAAGUUAACUGACUCAAGCUGCCUCCCUCUGUCCUGGAAAA